GUAUUUACGUAUACAACGUGUUUAUAAAUGUUCGAUGCCUGUUAAACUGGCUUUAUGAUUUCGCUUUUCAAAGCUUUCACACGCUUUAAUGUAGCAUUUAUUCAUAUUUUGAAACGUAAAGAGUCCGCUUCUUGCUAUUUUGAGGCAAUGAAACUUUACACAGAUAAAUUUAAUCCUUUAACGCUACGAAUAUUAGUGGCAGACAAAUUAGCUGAAACUAACCUUACUGUUGAAUACGUCGAAAAAAAUGAAUCAUUAAAAAGGUUUCCCUUUCUCAAAGAAACAAAGCUGCCAUUUUUGGAAGUGGAAAAUGAUCAUUACCUUUUUAGUGCGAAUGCAAUCACUCGGUAUCUAUUGAAAUGUGAGACUCACAAAAGAUAUGAAAUAAAAGUUGAAAAUUUAUCCUUUGAAGACCAUUGGCUGGAAUGGGAUCUCUUGAAGUUACAGCCAUCAAUGUUCUCUUUUUUGGCAUCCUCAUUCACACCAAAUUGUUCCAUGGAUGUUAGCAAUAUCAAAGAAUGUCUUUCACAUUUGGAAUCACACCUAAAACCUGAAGCUAAAUAUAUAGCUGGGAACAAACUAUCCUUGUCAGAUGUUGUUGUUUGGGGAACGCUCUAUCCCUUACUGGCACAGUCUUCACACGUAAAAGAGCUAGACAUAAACGACCAUUUUUGCCAAGUGAUGACGUGGUUCAAUAAUCUUAUGGAAAACAAUAAAUUUUAUUCUUUAUCACAAGCCAUUACUGAAGGGAAAGGGCCUGAUGUUUUCAAGGAGGCUAUUCUGGCCUACAACUCAUCAUACUCAAUACCAUGUACGAAGAAAGAUUUAAGAGUACCUGAAGCUCCUACUAAAAACCUGGAACAGGAUGAGAAUGUUCAUGAUGUUGAUGAAAUGGAAAUCAACGAAGCUAUAGCAAAUUGGCAAACGAAAAAAAUUCCCAAAAGACGUGUUCUUGAACAUCCAAUUCUACCUAAAGAUGGGGAGAAAAAUAUCUUAAUCACGUCAGCUUUACCGUAUGUUAAUAAUGUGCCACAUUUGGGAAAUAUUAUUGGUUGUGUCUUGAGCGCUGAUGUAUUCGCACGGUUCUGUCGACUUAGGCAGCACAAUGUUUUAUACAUAUGCGGAACGGAUGAAUAUGGUACAGCAUCAGAGACAAAAGCUUUAGAAGAAGGUGUUACGCCUGCAGAAAUUUGCACGAAGUAUUUUAAAAUUCAUCGCGAAGUCUAUGAAUGGUUCAACAUACAAUUUGACUAUUUUGGUCGAACGACAACUGAAGAACAAACGAAGAUUUCUCAAGAUAUAUUUUGGCAAAACUACAAGAAUGGUUUAACUCUCGAAGACACAGUUGAACAGCUACAUUGUGAAAGUUGCAAUAAAUUUCUUGCUGAUCGAUUUGUCGAAGGAACAUGUCCACUUUGUGGUUUUCACGAUGCACGCGGUGACCAGUGUGAUGCUUGUGGUAAACUCAUCAACGCAACAGAAUUAAAGUCUCCUCGAUGUAAAAUUUGUGGUAAAACACCAUCUGUGAAAAAGAGUAGACACUUGUUUCUGGAUCUAACAAAGCUUCAACCUGAAUUAACUUCUUGGGUGGAAAAGUCGUCGUCUGAAGGAAACUGGAGUGCUAACUCACAACACAUUACGAAAGGAUGGCUACAGGAAGGACUGAAACCUCGUUGUAUAACUCGUGAUUUAAAAUGGGGAACACCAGUGCCAUUGGAGGGUUUUACUGAUAAAGUCUUUUACGUUUGGUUUGAUGCACCAAUCGGGUAUUUAUCAAUCACUGCGAAUUAUACAGAACAUUGGCAAAAAUGGUGGAAAAACCCAAAAGAAGUCAGUCUGUAUCAAUUCAUGGCCAAAGACAACGUACCAUUUCAUACAGUUGUGUUUCCAGCCACAUUGUUGGGAACCCGUGAACCUUACACAAUGCUUAAUAAUAUCAACGCUACUGAGUAUCUGAAUUACGAAGACGGUAAAUUCUCCAAAAGUCGUGGUGUUGGUGUCUUUGGUAAUAAUGCAAAGGAUACUGGGAUACCUGCUGAUAUCUGGAGAUUUUACUUAUUACAGAUACGACCUGAAUCACAAGAUAGUAUUUUUACGUGGGCAGAAUUUGCAAUGAGGAAUAACUCCGAGCUAUUGAAUAGUUUGGGAAAUUUCAUCAAUAGAGCUCUUGUGUUUCUAAACAAUAACUUCAAAAAGAAGAUGCCUGCAGUGAUUUUAAAUGAUGAAGACAAGCGAUUAAUAACUUUGGUCAAUCGUGAGUUGAAACAAUACAUCCAUUUGAUGGAUCUUAUUAAAUUACGAGAUGGUCUAAAGAUUGUUCUCAAUAUCUCAAAACUUGGUAACCAGUACAUCCAGUCGAAUAAACCAUGGGUACUUGUCAAAGGAAGCGACAUGGAUAGAACACGUGCUGGCAGCGUGAUUGCCCUUGCCUGCAAUUUAACUGGCUUGUUGUCAAUUCUCAUUCAUCCAUUUAUGCCAAAUGUUAGCGCUGAAAUUCGCAAGCAACUACAGCUUUCUGAUGAACACAUUGUUAUCAUCGAUUCAUUUGUGCCACAUCUAGAAGUUGGCCAUGUAAUUGGCGAGCCCAAACCUUUGUUCGAUAAAAUUGACAGCAAUAAGAUGGAAGAAUUUAGAAAGCUUUAUUCUGGACAGAAUAGUGGUGAAAAGGGUGAAAAGAGUAAAAAAACGGACGAGGAGAUCAAAGCUCUCGAGAGUGAUGUUGCGAAACAGGGUGAUAUUGUCCGUAAGCUGAAAGCUGAUAAAGCUGAGAAAACGACAAUUGAUGCUGAAGUUUUAAAAUUACUGGAUUUUAAAAAGAAGCUAAAUGCUGCCACUGGGGUUAUUGCCGAAGAGUUUUCCAAGAACAGAAAGAAACCGAAUAGGAAGAAAUAAAAUGAUUGAUGUUUUGCACUUUUUAUUAUUUAGCUAAAUUACCAUUGCCAAUUAAAUUGCAAUUAUGAUCAAUGUAAAAUAUUCUUAAAAAUGUCUCUUUGAAAUUUGUAAUAAUUUAUUGAUUGUAUAAUAAAAAUGGCAACAUAACAAUUUUGGAAA